UCACUAUUCAGGCACAGACAUAGUUUGACGGGAUUGGCGCGGAAAUGCACUGACUUUUUCGUGGGUGAGUCGGGAGACUUUCUGUAGAGACCUGACAUCCUUCAACUCACUCAACAAAAGUUGCUGCCCAUCAUAAUCCAUAACGGCGCCUGCAUCCUACCCGACAACGUCACCUCUAUCCUUCCUUCUCCAUGGCAUCUGCAGACAAGCUCAUCGAAGCUCUUCAAAGCCUUGACGCUAAUUCAUUUGUCAAUGAGGCAGAGCGCGUUCGUGCCCUAGAUGCACUUACUCUAGCCGCUAGCAGAGUACAAAAACCCUGGGAUACAGUAUGGCAGCACUGUUGGGUAAAUCCAGCGACAACUGCAUGCGCCAAAACUCUGAUCGACGCUGGCGUGUUCACCAAGUGGAUUGAAGCUGGUGGUGGAGAGAAGACUUGUGAUGAACUGGCUGAGCUCACGAAUACUGACCCAGUUCUUAUCCGACGCUUGAUUCGACAGAUAUCAGGUCAGAAUCUGGUCAUCGAGACUGCAGAGGAAACCUACAAGCCGACGCCCUGGGUCUACGCUCUCACCGCCGAUCCAGCCCUCGCCAAUGUCUACGGCGGACUUUACAGCUUCGUCAACAACCCAAUGUUCCAAACUCUACCUGCACAUCUCAAGAAAACUGGCUAUAAGAAUCCGACCGAUCCCAACGACUGUAACUGGCAGUUUAUGAAGGGAAAGAAGGAAAACCUGUUCCAGUCCCUUGGUGCUGAUCCUGUUGCGGCGAGGGAGUUUAACGAUGCGAUGGAGAGUCAUUCCAAGUAUAAUCUUACUCCUUGGCCUGAGAUAUACCCAACCCAGACUUUGAUUGCUGGUGCUAAGCCUGAUCGACCUUUAGUGGUGGAUGUUGGCGGUAGCAAAGGCCACGAUCUGACCAAGUUUCAUCUUCGUCAUCCCGACAUCCCCCAGGGCAGCCUUGUUCUGGAGGAUCUACCCGAUAUUCUCAAAGAACUGACCAUUCCUGAUACCAUAUCGGUGCAUCCUCACGACUUCUUCACUCCCCAGCCCGUCAAAGGCGCCCGAGCGUAUUUCAUGCAUAAUGUCCUGCAUGACUGGGAGGAUAAGCAGGCAAGCCAGAUUCUCAGAAAUCUUGCAGAUGCCAUGGAGCCGGGAUACUCGAAACUCCUCAUCCAUGAGAGUUUGGUUAGUUCAGUCAAGCCUCUUGCGCGAGUGACGACUUCGGAUAUCACCAUGAUGGCUUGCCUGGGUGCCAAGGAGAGAACAGAAGUUGAGUGGAUAGAGCUGAUUGAGAGUGUUGGGUUGAGGGUUCUGAAGAUCUGGAGACCUUUGCAGUCUGUAGAGAGCAUUAUUGAGGCGGAGCUUUCUUAACCUAGAUGACAGAUUGGUUAUGUUAUCUGUUGAAGUAAACCUUUCUUCUAUAUAAAGUU